AUGAAACGUGAAUCUCUACCUGGUUACAGAUAUAGGAAGUCAACUGAGAAGGAAAACAAACAUCCUGUUCCAGACAGCCAGCAUCUCUUUACUAACGUUGUUCUGAGGCUGGAUAAUUUCACGGGCGAAUGGAUGGCAUUCGGUCUGAUUCGUCGUGGAGAAGAAGACCCAAUCGGAAAAUUUAUCCGUGCCCAUUCAUCGAUUGGUCUUAGCCAGCAUGAAUAUGAGUGUAUUCUUUCGAACACUCGUGAACUAUUUGCCGCGGCGCCCUCACCACCAUAUACUCUCCCAACACCUUUACCCAGCUUCGAAGCCAUUGACGAUGAGAAUUCAUAUAGCCAGAAGAUCCAUGCUGCUCAGCAGGCUAUAAAGGAAGGUGAAACAUACGAAGUCACAUUAACUACACGAUUCAGAGCACACUGUCCAGGUGUGGAUCCCUAUUCACUAUACCUAUCACUUCGAAGCCGCAACCCCGCCCCAUACUCUGCAUACAUCCACUUCCCGGUUAGCGACACAACUAUACUUUCCUCUUCUCCUGAACGGUUUAUAUCGGUUGACAGAGAUGGCAUUGCAGAAAUGAAGCCAAUCAAAGGCACUCUAGCAGUAAGUCCAGACCAAGUGGAGGAUGAACGGAGAAAGAUUCAACUUGCCACCGACGUUAAGGAAUUGGCCGAAAACUUAAUGAUUGUUGAUCUGAUUCGCUCUGAUCUGCAUAAUAUUUCCCCCUCCAAGUCGAUACAGGUUCCAAAGUUACUUCAAGUUGAAAGCUAUGAGACUGUACAUCAGGUGAGUUUUCCUGAUUCAUAA